AUGCGAUGCUACGAAAACUUUUCAGAACCUGUCCGAAAGCAGUUACUUAGUAAUCUUCUCAAACUGACUUCAUCCGGUCAGCAUCAAUUCAUAUCAAGUCACAUGACCAUUAUCAGGACAGUAAGACCGAAGGUUUUAAUUUCACGCCGCGCUCGAACGAGGAUUUACAAUUUACCUGGUGUGGGAGGUCCAGUUAAAGUUUGUAAACAAAUGUUUCGGACAACACUUGAUCUUACAGAUCGUAAACUACGCACGUUUGCUCAUAAGCUCGUUUUGGACAGCGGUAUUGCAAGAGAUGAUAUGAGAAUGAAUAAUCAAUCGAGUAGAAAAGUAACUGUUGAACAUGCCAGUUAUAUCAAAAACCACAUCAGAUUAUUCCCAUCAGAAGAAAGCCAUUAUGGUCGAGAGAAAUCAUCCUGCUUGUACCUAUCGUCUGACUUGGAUAUACGUCGAAUGUACCAACUUUAUCAAAAUCAAUGUGAUAUGGAUAAUCUAAUACCAGUACAUUAUAAUACCUAUAGACUUGCUUUCAACUCGAUGAACUUAAAAUUCAGAAAACCUAGAAUCGACACCUGUAACACUUGCGACACGUUCAACGUAGAAUUACGAAUAGAAAAAUAUGAAGCAGAACGAAACGAAAUUAUUGCUCGUAAGAAAGCACACCAUGAUGAAGCUAACAGUGUGUACCAUGAGAAGCGACAGGAUCGAGCACGAGCGGAUGAAGAUGCAUCUGUAAGAACAAUAUCGUUCGAUUUGCAAAAACAACUAGCCACACCCUACCUGACAUGUGGCCGAUCGUUUUACAGCCGUCAGCUGUAUACCUAUAAUCUCACAAUAUUUGAGACACAGGUAGAUAUAAAUGUACCCACUUGCUACAUGUGGGACGAGACGAGAGCUAAACGAGGCUCGCGUGAAAUAGGAUCAUGUUUGUGGUCCUAUUUGAAAGGUCUUCCAGUUUAUGUACAAGAAGUUAAUAUGUGUAGUGAUAGCUGCGCUGGACAGAACAAUAAUCGGAUUGUUCUUUUUAUUAUGGCAUACUUUGUUGAAAUUAUGGCUUCAGAAGGCCGAAAGUUCAUUUUACGACACAAAUUUAUGACUAGCGGGCAUAGUCAUAUGGAAUGUGACACGAUUCAUUUAGCAAUCGAACGAGCGAAAAGAAGGACAACAAUCAACAUUGAAACUCCACACGAUUGGAGUAUUUUAAUUGCAUCGAUAAAGCGAACCAAUCCAAUCUUACUAUAAAUAAAAUCGCUAAAAAAUAAAGCGCGGUCGUCGUGAACAGUCGUAAACGGUCGUAAAUGUUCGUAUUCUUGACGUAAACACAAACAUAGUGAGAGAGUGAGCAGUGAGCAGCUGCGAUGCGUUUUUUGUGUGAGAGAGUGUGUGCGUCUGCGUGUGUUCGUUUGCGUGUACAUUUGCGUGUAUGUGUUUGUGUGUGCGUGUGUCUGUGUGUGUGUGUUUGCAUGUACGUGUGCGUGUGCGUUUGCGGGAGUGUGUGUUUUGGUUAGUUGAUUGGUUGAUGUAAUCAAAAACAGUGUGAGAGAGUGAGCAGUCAGUAGCUGCGAUGCGUUUUUUUGUG